AUGGAGAGCUUCAUGGAGUCCCUCAACAGGCUGAAGGAAGUCCACGAGAAGGAGGUCCUGGGCCUGCAGAACAAGCUUCUGGAACUGAACUCAGAGAGAUGCCGGGAUGCUCAGAGGAUCGAGGAGCUCUUCGCCAAGAACCACCAGCUCAGGGAGCAGCAGAAAGCGCUGAAGGAGAACCUGCGGGUGCUGGAGAACAGGCUGCGGGCUGGCCUGUGCGACCGUUGCAUGGUCACCCAGGAGCUGGCCAGGAAGAAGCAGCAGGAGUUUGAGAGCUCCCACCUGCAGAGUCUGCAGCACAUCUUCACGCUCACCAACAAGAUGAGCGGGCUAAAAGCAGAGAACAAGGCCUUGAGAGAGGAGGUGAAGAGGCUUCAGGGCCUGGAAGACAGGCCCAAGCUCCUGGCCGGGGAGGGCACCUCGGACCCCACCUCACCCCUGCUGCGCCCCUCUCUCAGCAGCUGCAAGGCCAUCACUGAAAAACCACAAGGGGUCCACGAGGAGGCUGAGGAAGGCCACCCAGGCACAGGUCCACGAGGAGAAGAAAAGCCAGUGGGCUACCAGACCUCUCCAGUGGCCAAGAUCUCCCCAGGUGCCAACCUGCCUGAGCCACGGACCCCAGACAUGAGCCCCCAGCGCAUCUCCAACCAGCUGCACGGGACCAUCGCCGUGGUGCGGCCUGGGUCCCGGGCCUGCCCAGCUGACCGCAGCUCUACCAAUGGGACGCCCCCACCACCACCCACCAGAAGCAGCCCACCCAGCCCAAUGUACGAACACAGCCUCCCCCUGGACAGCUUCCUGUGGGCCUCCCGUCCCUCCGCCACUACCUGCGAGUCCCUAAAGCACUCCCUCCAGGUUGACCGCCUCUGCCUCCUGAACCGCCACCUGCAUCUGCACCUUCAGAGCCCCCGCAGCAGCCCCCUGGCCCCUGCUGCAGCCACCCACAGCCCCCAGCCCCAGGGCCUGAAGGCUGGGGAGGCAGAGGCCUGGGAGGAGCCUGCAGGCCUGCUGGGCCUGCCUAGUCCCCUGGGGAGCAUGCAGGACCCGCAGCUGGAGGGCGCACUGCGGCUGCUUCUUGUGCAGCAGCAGCUGCGGGCACGGGCACUGGCAGGCAAUGCCAGGCUGAGAGGCCCACUCACACCGGGGGAGAUGCCACUCUCCCCAUCAGUCGGCUCGGACUCUGAGGACCCCGAGAACAAUGUGACUGGGGCAGCUCUGACCACAGCAACCCUGCCUGGAGGGCGGCACCCAAAGCCCGCAGGCCCCGGCAGCCCCACGAGGAGGGAAGCUGUGGCCACACAGAACUAUGCCCCAGACAAGCCCUUAGACCUCUCAGAGCGGGGCCGGGGCCGGGACGCCCCCAAGCCUGCCAACCAGCCUGGGUCACUCAGCCCCACGACUGCCCACACUCCCAGCCCCGAGCCAUCCCCCCAGGUGGGACCCCUGACUCACAGCCCCUGGGCACUCAGCAAUGGCAUCAAGGAGACCAGAGCACUGGAGCCCGAAGAGCCCCCCACUCCCACGGAUCCCUCACAUCCCCUCCCAGGGCGCCACCCCAGGCUGUCCUCUCUAAGCAGGACAGGAGGUGAGGUCAGAGGGAGGCUACAGCCAUCCCCCCACCCACAGAGGCCUGACGCCAGUGGCCCCCCAGAGCCCAGACAGGCCGAAACACAGAGGCCAGAGUCGGAUGAUCUAGAUGAGCCAGACACCUCGGACAGUGAGGAGGGUCCCAGCUCCGAGGCGGGUGCCAAGCCAAGCAUGCCAGGUGAGGGGCCCAGGUGUUUCUGCCCCAAGGAGCCCAGGCAGACCAUGCAGCAGAAGAGGAAGCAGGCCUCAGACCCGGGGGGCAAAGCCUCCAAGAAGCCAUCCCGAGGGAGAAGGAAACUAAGGGAGCCCCUAACAGCAGCUGAGGGGUCUGGGAGCCCCAGGGAUGCCGAGGAUCGCAGCCCCUCACCAGGCAACAGCAGCUGGGAGGAGACCUAGCCAGGCCAGCAAAGGGACACCACGGCUUAUGGGGAGGCGGAGGUUGCGCCACCAAACCAACAGACAGCCCCGCACAGCUGCGUGGCCUGGGAAGGCUGAGACGGCUCUCUGGCUGGUGUUUCAUCCCCUGCAUCUGCACCGUCCUGGAAAUGCCCUGCUGGCCCUGCUGUCGGAGUGAGCAGGACUGAAGCCAUGUUGGGACCUAA